CGUUUGUCUGCUAGUAUCUCCAUCUGCCAGUGUAGUGAGAGAACGAGAAGGGGGAGGAAAGGGUUGAGCUUUCCCUAACCGCACGUACAGGCUGCAGACUGCUCCCAGCUCAGAUAACAAGGUGUUUAUUGCACUACUGCACACACAAGCCAGCUCUACACCACAAUGGCGGAGCCCAGUACACAGUCUAGGGUUUAUUUCCAAGCAGCGAGCAAAGAAGAGGAGCAGCCCACGCAUCGUAAAAUGGGGAAAUUCACCGUCAAAUAUGACAGGAAAGAUUUGCAGAAGAGACUGGAGGUAGAGGAAUGGAUGGACGUUCAAAUCCGUCAAUUGCUGGGUUGUAAGGAGGAGGAAACGCCCGUGUUGGAGAUCGACGUUGAUGAAUUGUUAGAACUUCCUGAUGAGAAACAGAGAUCCAAACUCCAGGCGAUCCUACAAGGCUGCUGUAAACCCACAGAUGAUUUUAUUAAUGAGCUGCUGAUUAGAAUAAAGGGUCUGCGGAAAAUGACAACUCCUCAGAAGAAGUGACCCGGAGAGAUGGCCCACCGGAGGGCAGAGAGCGGAUGCGGGGGAGAUAGAAAGCGAGAGAGAGAGAGAGAGCGGGAGACCAUGUGGUCAGAUGGACCUCACCGUCAUCUGUUUGUGUACAUAGUCUCGGGAGUCGGGGAGAGUCUGUCAUGUCAAAAUGGUCACUGGACUGAAAUUUUCCAAACUAAGUAGGACCUUGGGUCAAAGUUUACGCGUUUGUAAAGAGGUCGGGCGUGAACU